AUGGCCAAAGCCACACUUGCCAUCGCAGUCGUAUGGGCCGCUCUAAUGGUUGUAACCGCGACGGUCAUCGGUGUGGUGGAGGCCAACUUGGGUGUGAAUUGGGGUACAAUGGCAUCUCACCCAUUGAACCCAAACAUUGUGGUGAACUUGCUCAAGGACAAUGGGAUCAAGAAGGUGAAGCUGUUUGAUUCUGACUCUUGGACUGUCAGUGCAUUGGCUGGUUCCAAAAUUGAAACCAUUGUUGCCAUUCCUAAUGACCAACUUGAGAGCCUUGCUUCUGAUUACAACCUUGCCAAGGAUUGGGUUAAGGAAAAUAUUACCACUCAUAUCUAUGAAGGUGGCGUCGAUAUCAGGUACGUAGCUGUGGGAAACGAACCAUUUUUAACGGCCUUCAACGGCAGCUACGUAAAGCUAACAUUUCCAGCCAUGGAAAACAUACAAAAAGCUCUCAAUGAAGCUGGCCAUGGCAAGAAGAUCAAAACAACAACCCCAUUGAACGCUGACGUCUACGAGUCGGCAUCGAACCAGCCCUCUGAUGGGCAAUUCCGAUCGGAUAUCCACGACACAAUAAAAGAAAUAGUCAACUUCUUGAGUCACAACGACGCUCCCUUCAUGGUGAACAUUUACCCCUUCCUUAGUCUCUACCAGAAUCCUGACUUUCCCGUCGACUUCGCCUUCUUAGACGAAAUAGGGAAGUCGAUAAAUGACAAGGGAAAGACGUAUACAAACGUGUUUGAUGCAAACUACGACACGCUAGUUUGGUCGUUGAAGAAGAUCGGUGCCGGGAAUUUGAAGAUCAUAGUAGGCGAAGUCGGGUGGCCGACGGAAGCUAAUAAAUUUGCUAAUGUAGAGUUGGCAAAGAGGUUUUAUGAUGGGUUGUUUAAGAAGUUGGCUAGCAAGAAGGGGACUCCCAUGAGGCCAAAUGAGAAGCUUGAAGUGUAUUUGUUUGGCCUUUUUGAUGAGGAUAUGAAGAGCAUUCUCCCUGGCUUCUUUGAGCGCCAUUGGGGCAUUUUCAGGUAUGAUGGAAAACCGAAGUUCCCGAUGGACUUCACGGGCAAAGGGAACGACGAGAUGCCGGUGGCAGCGAAGGGAGUUCAAUACUUGGAACACAAAUGGUGUGUGGUUAAGAAUAGCGUGAAGGAUUUAAGAACAAUAGCAAGUCAAAUCGACUAUGCCUGCUCAAUGUCGGACUGCACAAGCUUGGUGUAUGGAUCUUCUUGCAACAACUUGAACCCUAGAGGCAACGUUUCUUUUGCUUACAAUAUGUAUUUCCAGAUGCAAGACCAAAGUGUUGAAGCUUGUGUUUUUGAUGGAUCUGCUGAGAUCGUAACAAAAAAUGCCUCUGUUGGCAACUGCUUGUUCCCUAUCCAGAUCGUCAGCACCGGACAGCGGUUGACGACCAUGAACAUCGCCGAUUUCGUCGCCACCGUGCUAGUUGCCCUUGUGUUGAACAUGUAUGUUUAA